UUUGUUUAUCAUUUUUAUCAUCUGCCGCUAUCUCAAUGUAAACUAUGCUUUUCUUGAUCAAGAAAUAAUUCCUUUUAUCGAAUUCUUUGGAGUGCUGAAGCUGCACCAGAUUACUGAUUUGCCCGUAGCUGCUUAAAGCUUUUUCUUCAAAAAGUAUUUUGCUUAAAUUUAUAAAUUCCUUUCACAAUGUCUGAAGCUAUGCUGUCUCAUUUUCAAUCGCCUCUUUCUAGUCGUUAUGCUAGUGAAGAAAUGUCGCGCAAUUUUAGUGACGGUAAAAAAUUUACUACUUGGAGAAAACUGUGGGUAUAUCUUGCAAAAGCUGAAAAGAUGCUUGGCCUAAACAUAACAGAUGAACAGAUAGAAGAAAUGGAGUUAAAUCAAGAAAAAAUUGAUUUCCUUGCUGCUAUUAAAGAAGAAGGGCAGACUAGACAUGAUGUUAUGGCACAUGUACAUGUUUUUGCAAAUCAGUGCCCUAAAGCAGCCCCUAUUAUACAUUUGGGGGCAACUUCAUGUUAUGUUGGUGACAAUACUGAUUUGAUCAUAAUUCGUGAUGGUUUAAACAUCUUGCUUCCAAAGUUAGCUCGAUGCAUCCAUAGAUUGUCUAAUUUUGCCGAACAAUAUAAAGAUUUGCCCACGUUGGGUUUUACGCACAUGCAGCCUGCUCAGCUUACAACUGUUGGAAAAAGAGCGUGCUUAUGGAUUUCAGAUCUCUUAGCGGACCUGGUAAAUAUACAAAGAGUGCGGGAUGAUUUACGUUUUCGAGGGGUUAAAGGAACUACCGGAACUCAGGCGAGUUUUAUGACAAUAUUCGAUGGAGAUCAAGAAAAGGUGAAAAAGUUAGAUGCACUUGUCACAGAAAUGGCAGGAUUUGAAAGAUCUUACAAAAUAUGCGGCCAAACCUAUAGCCGCAAAAUCGACUGCAAUGUUAUUUAUAGCCUGUCCAGCUUGGCUGCUACAGUUCACAAGAUUUGUACAGAUUUAAGACUGCUGGCAAGUCUGAAAGAAAUAGAAGAACCAUUUGAAAAAACUCAAAUAGGGUCAAGUGCUAUGGCAUACAAACGCAACCCCAUGCGCAGUGAAAGAUGUUGUGCACUUGCAAAACUGCCCAUGGGCUAUCUCAUUAAUGCUCUGAUCACUGCCUCAACUCAAUGGAUGGAGCGUACAUUAGAUGACAGUGCAAAUAGAAGAGUAACAUUACCAGAAACUUUCCUCUCUGCUGAUAUUUUCCUAAACACUCUGCAAAACGUCACUGACGGUUUGGUUGUGUAUCCAAAGGUAAUUGAGAGGCAUCUGAAGCAGGAACUGCCCUUCAUGGCAACGGAGAAUUUUCUUAUGGCUAUGGUUAAAGCAGGAGGGGAUAGACAAGUAUGCCAUGAGGAAAUACGUGUGCUCUCGCAACAAGCAGCAGAUGUUGUCAAAAAAGAAGGGAAAGAUAAUGAUUUAGUGGAACGAAUUCGCCAAAGCCCUUACUUUGCUCCUAUACUUGAUCAACUGGAUUCUCUCCUGGAUCCAUCUACUUUCAUAGGCAGAGCUCCACAGCAGGUAACUGAAUUUUUGGAAGAGGAAGUCUAUCCAGCCCUUGAAGCAUACAAAAAAGAUUUAGACGUUAAAGCUGUUAUAAGAGUAUGAUGGUUUAAAAGACAUUUAUAUUAUGUCACUUGAAACUAAUAUACUGUGAUAGACUAAUGAAAUCAAGUUUACUAAAGAUUAUAUGAAAAUUUGUAACAUUAAAACAUGAAACUACUUCUUUAGGUUUGUUAUAUAAAAAUAAAAUGCUGAUACUUGUUUUCUUCUUUUUUUUUUUUUUUUUGAGUUAUAAUACCUUCAGAUAAGUGUAUAAAAUUUAAUUGUAUAACAUUUACCCAUUGAAAAUUUCAGAGUUUAAAGAUAUAUGAGGCAGUGAGAAGCAAAGGGAUGUAAGUGACAAAAUUAAAGGUUUGGUGAUAACCAGUACAAAGAAUAGAAGAACCUCUCCUCUACCUUGGUGCAAGAGAUAGUUUUAGUAGCCCUGGUGGGUACUGCUAUACAGCAUGAUUUAGAAAAAAGAUUCAAUGAAAGCCUACCUAGGAUCUGAUUUUUAAAUGCAAUUUACUUAAAACUUUAAAACUUGCUUCUCGCUGCCUCAUAUAUAUGUUGAAUAAUCCCCUUAUUCUUGUACCAAGAGUUGAAUUUAUUAGAGUAACACAACUUCGACAACAAAAUAAAUUCA